CCAAUUUUCAAACCCAAUUUCUCUCUCUCUCUCUCUUACACACACACACACACUCUCUCUCUCUUACCGUUUUGAUUCUUUCUCAGACGCCAUUCAAAUACAAAACCCUAGAGCUUGAUUCUCCGUAUCUUUAAAUUCCUAUAAUACCACUAUCUUGUACGUUGAAGAUUUUCGGCCUAUUUUGUCUCGGAGCUUUUCUUGCCAAGCUGAGAAAUUUUCUCGGUGGGCUUUCCUGUUUGGCGCGUUUAAAGUCAAUGGGUUCUUGACCUCUGUCAGAAGCAUGAAGAUCGGAGAAGUUGGUCGAAGAAGAUUGUCUCUGAUUACAACAUCGUGUUCGGUGCUACUGUAACUGUAAAGGGUACUGUGGCUGUUUUUGACUUUGACCCCUUGGAUGAUCUCUAGGGUUUGAUUAGGCUUUCUGGCAGGUGCAGAAACAAGCAAUAGAUAAAGCAGCAUGGUUGCAAAAGCCUCUCAAAAUGCUACCAACUCUCCUAGUCCUAAAGUGGAGGUGGGAGAGAUAGACACCAGUGCACCAUUUCAAUCUGUUAAAGAUGCCGUUACCCUAUUCGGUGAAGGCGCAUUCUCAGGGGAAAAACCUGGCAUUAAGAAGGCAAAACCACAUUCUGCUGAGAGAGUACUGGCCAAGGAGACACAGUUUCACCUGGCUCAGAAAGAGCUGAACAAGUUGAAGGAUCAACUACAGAAUGCUGAAACUACUAGAACCCAAGCCCUUGUAGAGCUUGAAAAGGCUAAAAGAUCAGUCGAGGAGUUGACUAAGAAGUUGACUUCACUUAGUGAAUCCAAGGAAUCAGCGAUUAAGGCAACAGAUGCCGCAAAGAAUCAGGCAAAGCAGCUUGAAGAAGCAAACUCUGACAACCUUAUUGGAACUAAUGGUGCUUGGAAACAAGACUUAGAAAGUUCAAGAGAGCAGUACAUGACAGUCAUUACUGAACUUGAUGCUGCGAAGCAAGAAUUAAGGAGAAUCCGUCAGGACUGUGAUGCGUCCUUGGAAGCAAAAAUUGCUGCCUUCAAUCAAGCAGCUGAGGCUGAAGAUGCAGCCAAAGCAAACAUGGAGAAAUCUAGUGAGCUCUCCAAGGAAAUUUCAACUGUGCAGGAAUCAAUUGAGCAAGUGAAGCUCGCAACUUCACAAGCUCAGCAAGAGCAAGCAAAGAUUUUUUCUGAAAAGGAUGUUCAGAGACAGUCUUAUAAAGCUACCCUGGAAGAGUCGGAAAAGAAAUUGCUUGCUUUGAAGAAAGAGUGGGAUCCUGAACUCACCAGAAAUCUUGAAGCGCAGCUGGCUGACACAGAGAAUGAAAUUGGGACUCUGCAAAAGCAAAUGGAAAAUGCAAAGGCUUCAGAUUUAGAUUCUGUGACAACUGUCACUUCAGAGUUGGAUGAUGCUAAGGAUUCGCUACAUAAGGUUGCAGAAGAGGAGAUCUCCCUGCGAAACUUGGUGGAAGCUCUCAAGGCAGAUAUGGAUAAUGUGAAGAUAGAGCACUCUGAACUGAAGGCGAAGGAAGCAGAAACAGAGUCCGUUGCUGGGAAUUUGCAUGUCAAGCUCCAUAAAGUUAAGUCUGAGCUUGAGGCAUGCCUGUUGGAGGAAUCUAAGGCAAGAGGUGCUUCUUCGGAUAUGAUAUCCGCACUUAACCAGCUUUCUUUAGAAACUGAAAAUGCAAGGCAAGAAGCAGAAGAGAUGAAGACUAAAGCAGAGGAGUUAAAGAACGAAGCUGAAGCUACCAAAGUUGCAUUAGAAGAAGCAGAAAAGAAGCUUAGAGUUGCUCUGGAAGAAGCUGAAGAAGCAAAAGCAGCAGAGGCAAGGGCCCUUGAUCAGAUUAAGGUCUUGUCUGAGAAAACUAAUGCUGCACGGGCAUCAACGUCUGAGUCUGGUGCCAAUAUCACAAUAUCGAGGGAAGAGUUCGAGUCUUUGAGCCGUAAAGUUGAGGAGUCUGACACAUUAGCAGAAAUGAAAGUGGGUGCUGCUAUGGCUCAGGUAGAAGCCGUUAAGGCUAGUGAAAAUGAGGCCCUCAAGAGGUUAGAGGCAGCCCAGAAGGAGAUAGAUGAUAUGAAGGCUGAGACUGAGGCAGCUUUGAAGAGGGCAGAGAUGGCUGAAGCAGCCAAGAGAGCAGUGGAGGGAGAGCUUCGGAGGUGGCGUGAACGAGAACAAAAGAAGGCAGCUGAAGCUGCAUCUCGGAUUUUGGCUGAAACUGAGAUGUCGACAGAAUCAUCCCCCCUCCACUAUAGGGUUCAGAAGCAGAACAUACCAGCAAAUAUUAUCGAGACCCGAAAGUUGGAGAAGGGGAAGACUCUUGUUUCAAAGAAAGUGCUUCUGCCUAAUAUUAGCGGCAUCUUUCACAGAAGAAAGAACCAGAUUGAGGGUGGAUCUCCUUCUUACCUGCCUGGUGAGAAACCUGUGUAAUUUUUGUGUUUACCAGACCUUUGUGCGAGUAUGAAUGAUUGAGAGGGGGAACUUGUUUGAUUGUGUGUAUAUUUGAGACUGAUGGAAUUAAAUUUCCGUGCUCUAGUCUGUUUUGAAGAGAAAAAGUGAACCAUCAAAAGAAGAGUUUGGCAGCAUCUUCAGGGAAGUGUGAUUCUGUAAAUGGGACAAGCUAUUAGGUUAUUCGUCUGAAUCUUUUCAGUAGAAAUCUUAGCUUUGGCGUUUGGUACCA